UUCGGUCUCCCAAACACCGGGUGGAAAAGGCAGGCGGUAGCCGCGCCAGUGCGCAUGCGCGGGCCGCCCUCGCCUGGUAGGGCGGAUCGCUGACGGGGGAGGCCGGCGGGUAGGAGCGAGCGGGCGCAGGAUGGACGAGGACGUGUUGACUACUCUGAAGAUCCUCAUCAUCGGCGAGAGCGGGGUGGGCAAGUCUAGCCUACUCCUCAGAUUCACAGAUGAUACUUUUGAUCCUGAACUUGCAGCAACAAUAGGUGUUGACUUUAAAGUGAAAACGAUUUCAGUGGAUGGAAAUAAGGCUAAACUUGCAAUAUGGGAUACAGCUGGUCAAGAGAGGUUUAGAACAUUAACUCCUAGCUAUUAUAGAGGUGCGCAAGGUGUUAUAUUAGUUUAUGACGUCACGAGAAGAGACACCUUUGUUAAACUGGAUAAUUGGUUAAAUGAAUUAGAAACAUACUGUACAAGAAAUGACAUAGUAAACAUGCUUGUUGGAAAUAAAAUUGAUAAGGAGAAUCGUGAAGUUGACAGAAAUGAAGGCUUGAAAUUUGCACGAAAGCAUUCCAUGUUAUUCAUAGAGGCAAGUGCAAAAACCUGUGAUGGUGUUCAGUGUGCCUUUGAGGAACUUGUUGAAAAGAUCAUUCAGACUCCUGGACUGUGGGAAAGUGAGAACCAGAACAAAGGAGUCAAGCUGACACACAGGGAAGAAAGCCAUGGAGGAGGAGCCUGUGGUGGUUACUGUUCUGUGUUAUAAACUCUGGGAAUCCCAUCUCUUGCAUAUUUGAUCAGAUAGUCACAUCUUUCUGUAUAUAAACUCUAACUGCUAUUAGAGACCUUGCAGUUUGCACAUAAUUGUUUUAUCACGGCAGUGAGUAUUUGCAAGAAACCCCCUCAUCGGCUUUCCCAGGUGAAAUGUUAAUGGUAAGCAUGCACAGUUGGCAGUCUGUAGUUUUUUAUGUAACGUAAAAUAGGUGUACCUUCGUGAGUACAUUGAUUUUAUGAUCUGCAUUUAUCAUGUCAUUUUUUAAAACAUCCAUCUGUCUAGUGUGUGUUGCUACAGGUCUGCUUUUGGUUUCCUUUUUGCUUAAAUUCUCUGAUCAAUUACUGAAUUACUUGGUACGUAAAACGAGAACCAUGGGGAGGUAUCAGACAUCAUCAAACCUGUCCUGUUUCCUGAGGAUAACAAAGCAUGAGUCCACAGCUUUAGGAUGUUGGAGAUUCUUAGUACUAAGUCCAAUUCUCAGAAUAGAAUGUAGCCCAGGCCAAUACCUAAUUAAAUCUCUCUUUGUUCUGAUGAUACUUCCAAAAUAGUAUUGAUAUAUUAAAGCUGUUGAUAUUUUAAUUUGCUUCAGUGAUUAGCUCUGUUAACUGGAGCUUUAAUCCUGUGAUGCGCACAUUGGAUUUAUGAUCCUUGUGCAUUAUUUUGGUUAUAUGGCAUUUGGCAGAAUGGCAGUAAGGUUUUCUCUCAUUUUGGUUUCAGAAGAUGUGAAUGGUGUCUUUAUUAUAACUCCUUUAAUAGUUCCACUUUUAAAACUAACAUCUUUUUUUCAUAAAUGUUAGUAAUGUUUGUCCAGGCACCUCAAUUGUAGCUUAUAUAAUGUUUAUGACUGUAUCUUAUGGCUUCCAUAAAUGGCUAGUUGAUAUUAAAAAAACCAAUUCCAUAUUUUGAGCAGUGGAGGAAAAAACACUAAAUGACAAUUUGAGAAAGGCAUAUUGCUUCCAGAUUCCAACAUGUGGGAAAAUGCUGUUGCAAUGCAAAUGUUGAUAAUUACUGUAACAAGUAGCCAAUAGUUUAUUAAAACCAACCUGUACAGAAUAAUAAAUCUUUUCCACAGUA